GCUGUCCCUUUAAAUGUCAUUUCCUCCUAUUGUAUUUGAAUGGUGGUCAGGAAAAAGGAAAUGAAAGCAGAGGGGCUGAGCCAGAGGGAGUAUUGCUUGCUGCUAAGGGGACAGCAAUCCGCUAUAUAAGUGACAGUGACACAGGACUGUCUCCCAGAGCCUCCUGCUGCUGGCUGGGAUUACUGAGGCAGCCGGACAGGGAUGGAGGAGGGAAUGCAGGCAUCUCUCAUUGAUGACACUGGGAAUUGGGGUCCAGGCUGUGUGUGGGGGGGUCACUGGUGCUCGGGCUGGUGACUGGGAGAUUGGGGGCUCCAGGAGGUUUAAAGGAGAAGCGGCUGGCGGUGGAGGAGAAGCCUUCCAGGAGCAGAGGACAUUCAGGAGACAAUAGGAGGGAAACACACAGAAUCCUGCAAAUGUCAUCUGCCAUAGAGAGAAAGAGUCUGGACCCAGCAGAUGAACCUGUUGAUGAAGUCCUUCAGAUUCCACCUUCACUACUGACAUGUGGGGGCUGUCAGCAGAGUAUUGGGGACCGGUACUUCCUAAAAGCUAUUGACCAAUACUGGCAUGAGGAUUGUCUAAGCUGUGAUCUCUGCGGCUGCCGGCUUGGAGAGGUUGGAAGGAGACUGUAUUAUAAGUUGGGGCGUAAGCUAUGCCGUAGAGACUAUCUCAGACUCUUUGGCCAGGAUGGACUGUGUGCUUCAUGUGACAAGCGCAUCCGAGCUUAUGAAAUGACCAUGCGGGUCAAGGACAAAGUCUACCACUUAGAGUGCUUCAAGUGUGCGGCUUGCCAGAAGCAUUUCUGUGUAGGCGACAGGUAUUUGCUCGUCAAUUCGGACAUUGUUUGCGAGCAGGAUAUCUUUGAAUGGACUAAACUUAACGGGAUGAUGUAGCCCUGGUUAAACUUUUUUUUUUUUUUUUUUUACCAGACCCACAGAGGGCAUCAUUUAUACAUUCUCCCCGUCUUGUCUCUUGUGGCGUGGAUUUUCAGACAGAAUACAGCUUGUUAAAGCUGUGGUAACAGUUACAACUGACACACUGUUAUCUUUACCCUUAUAGGUUUGAAAAUUGCUUGUCUGAGUCUACAACACAAGCCUAAGCCUAAAGCACUAAGUAGAACGGACUGAUGAAACUGGACCAGGUUACGCAGACUACUUCCAUCUCUGGAGCAUUUUUACUUCUUUUUCCUUUUACGUAGCAAAGGCUGGGAUCAGAGAUAUGGUGCUGUGAACGAUUGGUUUCUACUGCACAAGCCGGAUUAUACUGACCUAACUAAUGCUUUGCUCCUUGGCCUACACUGACAGCUACAUAAACCCUUUGUGUCACACAUCAAAGAAGCUUCCAAGGAACAAGAGAACGUUAUUCCUGUUACUGACACGAACAAGAAUCGCAAGGGGAAAAACAGUCUACUGAUAUAUGUUUGUCAUUUUUUACAAAAUAAAACCAAAGUUGUUUGA